AUGACCGGCCGAUCGCCACGUUUGGGUGCACUGGCACUGGUGCUUCUUGGAGCUACUGUGAUAUGUCCCGCGUACGGCAUCAUCGAUCGCUUGGUGGUGCAAACCAGCAGCGGCCCGAUACGGGGCCGCUCGACCAUGGUGCAGGGCCGCGAGGUGCAUGUCUUCAAUGGGGUACCAUUCGCCAAGCCGCCGGUGGACAGCCUGCGCUUCAAGAAGCCCGUCCCGGCGGAACCGUGGCAUGGGGUGCUCGACGCAACCAGACUACCUCCAUCGUGCAUACAGGAACGGUAUGAAUAUUUCCCCGGCUUCGCGGGCGAAGAAAUGUGGAAUCCAAACACCAAUGUCUCCGAAGACUGUCUAUAUCUGAACAUAUGGGUACCAACAAAAACUCGGCUUCGUCACGGACGUGGGUUGAAUUUCGGUAGUAAUGACUACUUUCAAGACGAUGAGGACUUUCAACGCCAGCAUCAGUCCAAAGGCGGCCUGGCCAUGUUGGUUUGGAUCUAUGGUGGGGGUUUCAUGAGCGGCACCUCGACGCUAGAUACCUACAACGCGGAGAUACUGUCCGCCGUCGGUAACGUAAUCGUUGCUUCCAUGCAGUACCGUGUGGGCGCGUUCGGGUUCCUGUACCUGGCACCGUACCUGAACGGGCUCGAGGAGGAAGCGCCGGGCAAUAUGGGAUUGUGGGAUCAAGCACUCGCCAUACGUUGGCUGAAGGAGAAUGCGAAAGCGUUCGGUGGCGAUCCAGACCUGAUCACACUCUUCGGUGAGUCCGCGGGUGGUAGCUCGGUAAGUCUGCACCUGCUGUCGCCCGUCACGCGGGGCCUGUCAACCCGCGGUAUUCUGCAAUCUGGUACGCUGAACGCGCCAUGGAGUCAUAUGACCGCCGAGAAGGCCCUGCAAGUGGCCGAAGGUCUGAUUGACGAUUGUAACUGCAAUCUAACUAUGCUAAAGGAAUCUCCACACACCGUGAUGCAGUGCAUGAGAAAUGUUGACGCGAAGACCAUCUCCGUGCAGCAGUGGAAUUCAUAUUCGGGCAUCCUCGGCUUUCCCUCCGCCCCCACCAUCGAUGGCGUGUUCAUGACCACCGAUCCGAUGACGAUGCUGCGUGAGGUUAACUUGACUGGAAUUGAUAUACUUGUGGGCAGUAAUCGGGACGAAGGUACAUACUUUCUACUGUACGACUUCAUUGAUUAUUUCGAAAAAGAUGCAGCCACCUCGUUACCUAGAGAAAAGUUUCUCGAAAUCAUGAACACCAUUUUCAACAAAGCAUCCGAACCGGAGCGUGAAGCAAUUAUAUUUCAGUACACCGGAUGGGAAAGCGGCAACGAUGGGUAUCAAAAUCAGCACCAAGUUGGGCGAGCAGUAGGCGAUCACUUCUUUAUCUGUCCCACCAACGAAUUUGCAUUAGGCCUUGCGGAGCGUGGUGCCCUCGUGCAUUACUACUACUUCACACAUCGAACCAGUACCUCCCUAUGGGGUGAAUGGAUGGGAGUUUUGCAUGGCGACGAGGUGGAGUACAUCUUCGGCCAGCCAAUGAACGCCUCUUUACAAUAUCGACAGCGAGAGCGGGAUUUAAGCCGACGGAUGGUACUAUCUGUUAGUGAAUUUGCGCGCUCAGGCAAUCCGGCAUUAGAAGGUGAGCACUGGCCGCUAUACACCAAAGAUAACCCAAUCUUCUUUCUCUUCAACGCCGAAGGAGAAGAUGAUCUUCGAGGAGAAAAGUAUGGGCGAGGGCCGAUGGCAACGUCGUGCGCGUUUUGGAACGACUUUUUACCGCGACUGCGUGCCUGGUCUGUUCCCGCGAAGACUCCCUGCAAUUUGCUCGACCAAGUUUCAGUGGGCAGCAUUAUGCCAACAAUGCCUGUCGUAAUAGUGUUCUUAGUUUUGCUCUUGGCAAUAAGAAGCUUGGAAAAGUAAGCGACUGACGCUGGCGCAUUUGGUGCACUGCAUGGCGUGUACGACAGUCCGCUGCAUAAUACUUCUACAGUAAUUCAUAUUGAAAUGGAUAUACAUACAACAACAAAAAAUAUACAACCAGUCACUAGUUGUGGUCGUAGUGAUCAAAAAAUUCCAAGGAGCUUUUCUGAUGAGGCGCAGGCGCUUAUCAUCACUACGAAAACGAAAAUCUAAGAAUCUCAUGAAACCUGGAAAGAGUAAAGCGGUCGUCAAUCGCAGGCUGUUUAGACGGAGUCGGUAUGUUCAGGGUGAUGCGCUUUUUAAGAAAGGAUGGAUAAAACCCGAACCUCUGUUACAGAUACAUAUCAUGUGCUUGAAGACUUAUGAAACAUUGCUGUGUAGCUAUACUAGAAGAUAGACAAUUAAUAUGUUUAGAGUGAUUGCUAGAGCAAGCAGCUAUAAUACGCCAGCGUACGUAUAUAUGCAAAACAACAAAAACCAAAAGAUGAAAGUGGUAAUUUAAGUCUUACAAUAUUCUUAUGGCAUUCAUUUCACUUCCGUGAACAUACGUUGUUACUUGUUAUUUUUAUUCUUCCUUUUGAGUUUUAUCAAACAUUAUAUCCGUCGUUUAGAUGUGCCGCAAGCGUGCCGACAUUUGACUGCUUGUUUUUUAAC